CUGUCCCCCAACCCCUGCUUCCUGCCCGACACACAUUACUUAACUGGAGCCUUCCCUGGCCCAGUCCUACACCAAGGCAUCAGCAAGGACCCUGGGAAGCAGCAUGAAGUUCCCUGGGAUCUCCAUGCUCCUGUCUUGGGUGGCAACCCUGGGCCAGCUGACCUCCUCAGGGACUCACCAAGGCCGAAUUGUGGGGGGUCGAGAAGCAACACCCCACUCCUACCCAUUUGCAGUCUCCAUCCAGUACCGGGUGAGCACAUCUGCGGGGGGUCCCUCAUCCGACCCCAGUGGGUGCUCACAGCUGCCCACUGCGAGGUUUCCAAGGACCCAGCUGCCUUCCAGAUAGUCCUGGGUGCCCACUCACUGAUUACUCCAGAGUCAACCCAGCAGAUAUUUGGGAUCCUUCGGGCUGUCCCUUAUCCACUCUAUGAUGCCCAGGCUGACACCAACGACCUACAGCUGCUCAAGCUCAAUGGCAGUGCACUGGUGACACGCUCAGUGAGGCCAAUCAGCCUUCCUGGGUGGAAUACAUUGGUUCGCCCAGGGACUCGGUGCUUAGUAUGCGGCUGGGGGGACAUCCCGGGUCGGGAUGAUCCCACGACUGUACUCAUGGAGACAUCUGUAGUGGUGCAGGCCCGGCAGGCCUGCAACAGCUCCUGGAGGGGAAACAUCAACCAGGACAUGGUCUGCGCCUCUGGCCCCAAGAAAAGCCAGCUACGGGGCGUAUGUGGGGGGGACUCCGGGGGACCACUCAUCUGCCAUGGGAGGCUUCGAGGUGUGGUGUCCUUCUCCUCCAGAAUCUGUGGGGAUCCACGCUACCCUGAUGUCUAUGCUCGUGUCUCCACCUUUGUGGGCUGGAUCUAUGACGUGUUGCAGCAUUAUUGAUCUCACUGGCAGCGUCCAGUACACACCAAGUCAGGACUUUGGGGCCCUGAGGGUCCACCUGAUCCAGCCUCUUCCCCCUGCAAUCUCAAACGGGGAAAACCUAGUCCAAGAGAGAGGAAGGGACCUUCCUCUGACUGGUCCACUGAGCUGGACCAGUAGUGGGGACUUGACUGGGUUUUCUUGUUUUACAAGAGGAAUUUAAUUUUGAAUAAAGGCUCUUUCCCAACCUCA